AUGUUUGAUCCGUUUCCAUCCUUCUCUGCGAACUGCGACUUCAUCUCAUCUUCGGAAAAUUCAGAUACGGAGGCAGACGAUGAUCUAGAGCGGUACCAGAACCGUGCACGAAACCAGUCUCGAAGUCAGACACAGACACAGAAUCAAGCCCAAACUCAGGCCGACAGCAACACGUCUCCUGACAGCUCUGCACCCACCGCUUCUUCAUUCACACUUGAGAACGAAGCAGCUGGCUUACAGCUACUCCACGACACGCUCAACCUUCUAAGUAGACGGGACGAUAUCCCUGAUGAAUGGUGGGCAACCGCAGGCUUGACACGUAUCAUUACUCGGGAGCUAAACCGCGAGCGUAACGCCGAGUGA